CUACGAGACUAAGUCUUUAUCGGAACUUUGUUGGCUAUCGCGAAUUUGAUAAAAAUUGAGGAAACAAAACCAAGUCUUCAGACUUCAGACUUCAUUACAUUUUAUCUUGUGUCAGUUGGAAUUACAGUGCGGAAGAAAAAACGGUGAAACGUAUUCACGAGUGCUCACUGUUCAGAGCUUAUAUAGCUGCUGUAACAUGGUCGUCGCGUUUAGUGUUCACUCACCAAAAUCCAUCAAAAGUGUGAAGAUCCAAAAAAUCUGUGUACGAUGUUAGAUCAUUCAAGAUAACGUCAAUCAAGUUUUAGAGGAUUUUUUAAAUAGGAAAUACACAAAAACAACGAUUAUCUAACAUCUAAAAUAUGGGAGCUAGAAAGAAACCGAAUUUGAAGGUUAAAAUCCCUUCAUACCCACACGAUUAUGUCGCCAUGCCCCCGGAGACCAGACGGCUUAUUCUGGAAGCCAAUCGCACACCAAACGACAUCAGAUACAUUGACGACAUCAGUCCAAACACGUCCAGGACCAGUUUGGAAGCCAGCAUACCCGAUGACAGAAGACCUAUGACACCUGAAAUUAAAAUUAGUGAACCUAAAAAUGGGGAAGAAGCCAAGGCAGACGGCUUAUCCGGCGACAGUCCGGUCGUGUACACGAACCGGUUAAAACGCGGCUCCGUCUCUGUACCGGAAGGUCUCAAGAGCUAUGAUGCUCCCAAAAAAGAAUAUUUGAAUAUCCCGGAUCACCAUCGGAGCUCAGCGUCGGCGUUCAGUGACGGAGACAACACAGUGGACGAAAACAAUGGAAUUCUCUCGGACGAUGAUAAGCCGAAAUCACCCCUCAAAUCCCCGCGCCGGAAGUCAGGCUACCCACGCCGGCUGGGCAGAUCAGAAUUCAGCAUGGAUGAAGAUGAUUACUCGCCGAGUAAUUCUGUGACUUCUGUCAACAGCCUCGCCAGCCUCCUUAGGGAGAAGUUACAGAGUAUUCCUCAGAAGAUUCGUAAGAAACCAUCAGACUACAAGCUCAAGGCGUUCGUGGCUCUAAUGUUCCUGGCCGUGGCGUUUUUCAUCGGCUUCGCGUAUGUGCUCUAUCACCAGCAGGCUCACUCCAAGACUUACUUCCGAAACGUUCAGCUGAACGAACCAAAGAGGCUAAUAAGGAUCUACAAUGAGGACGAUGUGGAAAUACUGAAAGCUAACUUAGCGGUUGGCGUCCAAGGUAAAAUAAAAGCCUUCCCAUGUCUACCGGAAGACCGCCGCAACGGUUCCCAGUGUCUGGAGUGGCUCCACACCCUCCGUUUCUACAUGAAGUCGCAGCCGCACGACCCUGGUUUGGACAACACAACAUGCUACUCCAUCCACUGGCAAGCGUUAAGACCUGAUGUAACUCCUACGGACUGCUUCGACUGGGGUGACACAAAGGUUCACUGGUAUGGCGGCGGACAGUCUUUUAACUUGACUUGGCCUCUGGACGCAGGCUCCAUAAGCUUUACACCAUUUGUUACCGGUGAUAUGCAGAAAUCGCAAUGGGGCAACCUCCUGACCAGGUACUUCAUCAACACUAAAGGAGCAGCAAUCAUUGUCGACGAAGAAACUCCUUUACACGUAGCCGUCAAGCCUGACACCAAAGAAAUAUGCAUUAGAGCUAAAUACGACGACUUCGCUUUUGCCAACAAGAUUACUGAAUUUCCCGAAAUGAGAUACAACAUUUGCACCUCAAUCGAUAUGAAGUCGCUUCAUACUUCCAUUCACAGUCACAGGAGUUCACCUCUAUGGGACGGUCUCAAGCCUGCCGACAUGCAGACCUUAGAUUCAUUGAUAUCGGAACCGGUCUGGCAAAUAGCGCCACGAUUCAAACACGAACUUCAAGCGGAAACCAUUGCUAAGUACACCGAGGACGUCAUAAACUUAGGAUUCUUAAAACAAGGGCAUGUGCUCAUUAACGAACAUUGGCAAAAUGAAAUCGGUGAUCUAGAAGUUGACAAGAGCCGUUUUGAAACUUUAAAUGUGACUGUGGACAAAUUGCAUCGAAGAGGUUUUAAGGUGGCGUUCACUAUCCAACCAUUCAUAAGCACGGAGAGCCAGAAUUUCGCUGAGACAGUCCAGAAGCGGUUGCUAGUUAGCGAGAGGAAUAGUGAUCGGCGCAUCCCAGCGUUGACAAGAUUCAAGUCCUUACCGAGCGCAGGGGUUUUAGAUAUAACGAACAACAGAUCUGUGCCUUGGAUUUUAGACAAACUGCAAGCAGUUAUCGACGAAUACCAUAUCGAUUCGUUCUAUUUUGAUUUAGGAACGGCCUACGAUAUACCCCAUUACUAUCGUUGCGAAAGUUUCCUAAUAAAUCCUGAUCAUUACAAAACGAUUUUCACGAAAACAUUCGAAAAAGCCUUGAACAUUAUUGGAGUGUCGUCCGCCAUUUCACUGCCAAGACCACCGAUAUUCGUGUCGCUGCCGCCCUUUGAGUCCAGUUGGGAGGCGAUGAGACGAGUAAUACCUACAAUGCUCACGUAUGGCGUCAACGGGUUCCCGUUUUUAAUGCCUGGUGCCGUUGGCGGAGACAUCUACUGGCCAGGGAGCGAACAGUUUCUGCCCUCGUCUAAAGGCUCAAUGGACCCGAUGAAUAUAACACAGGAGAACGGUAUAGAUUUGCCCGAACGAGAACUGUACAUGCGGUGGCUUCAGAUGGCCACUUUUCUGCCGGUUAUGAAGUUUACUCAUCUGCCGAGCAAGUAUAAUGACGAGAGGGUGCUGGAGAUGGCGAAGAAUUUGACCCUGCUGAGACAGAAACUGGUGACGCCUCUGCUGCUAAAGUACAAGCGAGAAGCGCUGGAGGAAGGUCUGCCGCUGAUCCGUCCGCUGUGGCAGGUGUCGGGCGGCGAGGCGGCGCCGCGGGUGGACGACGAGUUCGCGCUCGGAGACGAGCUGGUGGUGGCGCCCGUGCUGCACCAGGGACAGACCACUAGGGAAGUGUACCUGCCGGCCGGUCUUUGGCAGGACGGGAUCGACAACUCCUUGAGGAAGGGAAACAGAUGGAUGCACGAGUAUAAAGUGCCGGUUGACAAGGUCGCCUAUUUCAUCAGGAGACCAGACGAUUUGAGGUUCCGAUAGGAUAGAGGUUUUCGAAACAAUUCAAUUAAAAUCAACUACAUAAUAUUUUAUGUAAAAUUUGCGUAAUUCAUGUUUUGAUUACGUAAAUGCGUAAAUUAUAAUUAUUAAAUAGUUUCGUGGAUAGAUUCGCGAUCUUAAAAUUUAUCGUAUUUACCAGCCUCUGUGGUACAUAACUGUUUUUUGGUUUUGUGGCGGGUGGGAGGUGAAAUCCCAUCAUUGGACAAAAGCGCAAAUUUUAUUAAAAAAUAUAUUUAAAGUUUAAUGUAAAUUUAAAGUAAAUAAUAUGUAUAGUAACAUUAAAUAAAGCUAUUUUUGUUCGUAUCGAUAAAACAAUAAUAUUAUGAAUAGCUGUUAGUUCAUAUUUAUUAAAUUCUAGUCCACUAGAUUAGAUGCAGAAUAAUAAUAAUAAUAAUAAAACAAAUACAAAAUAUCGAUUUAGUACAUUAUAUAAUUAUAAGAAUAAAUUCGAUCAUACAUUGUGGAAAAUUGAUUUUUUUGUUGUAAAGAAUGAUUUUUUUUUUCUAAAACUUAAAAUUAGUAUAUUCUUUAAAAAAAAAAUCCUCCGUAAUUUGAUAUCACGCGUUGGGGUGUUCUGUCUGAACGCGGUUUAAUAUCUGGCGACAGUUGGAGCCAGCAUCACAACAUGUCAUGUGUUAACGUUAAAUUAUGUUAGCGUUGUAUUUCAUGACUUAAAAUGUAAAUCAUUUAUACGUCGCGAAAGUAGUGAUUGAAUGGUCCAUUUUCGUUCGACUAACGUACUGAUGGUAGGACCUCUUGUGAGUCCGCACGGGUAGGUACCACCACCCCGCCUAUUUCUGCCGUGAAGCAGUAAUGCGUUUCGGUUUGAAAGGUGGGGCAGCCGUUGUACAGUAAAACUCAUGUCUGAUUGUGGGACAUUUACGUUGCAGAUGUGUUGUUGUGAUAUAUGAAGAAAAAAAUAUAUUUACGAACCCGAACUACACACUGAGACAUGAGUUUUCUUCUAGCAAAAUAAUAUAUGUAGUCAAAUAUAUAAAAAAAACCAUCCCUAAGCACUAACAUGUUCUAGAAAGUUUCAAAUAUAUAAAUAUAAUAUGUACAUAUUUAAAACUUUAAGGAGUGUAUUAAAAUUAUGCUUUAUACAGUGUAAGCAUUUAUUUAUUUAUUUAUUUAUUUAAAUAAGUACUGCCACAUCACAAACAUCUAACAUUGAAAAUAAAUUUAAACUAUUUAAUUUAUGGCCUGAUGCAUGUGACAACAAUGGCGUACGUAAUGGCGUCAAUGGCCCGAAAAUGGAAUACUAUUUAAUUGGAAUAAUUCGACAAAACAAUUUACGUGCUUUGUUAUGACCGGGUCAAAAGCUUUAUAACAUUCAAGAUUCUAUCCAAAGUUAGUGAGUAAGCUUUCUGCGCAACAGAUAACGUGUAGAUUACCGUUUGUUCAAAUCAUAUUUUUAAGUAACUCAGUGACUUAGUUUAGAUGUUGAUUCUAAUGUAAUGCGCUGGCUUUUAAAACUCUCAUAUCAAUUUAGACAUUUGUAGGCAUGACCUAGUUUAUAUAAUACGGUAUAUUGUAUCGAGUGAUGCAUGAUAGUGACGAUGAUUUUUGGUGGUAGAAUGUCUUGCAAGUCCGCACGGGUAGGUACCACCACCCUGCCUAUUUCUGCCGUGAAGCAGUAAUGCGUUUCGGUUUGAGGGGCGGGACAGCCGUAAUUAAAAGUGAGACCUUAGUCGCAAGGUGGGUGGCGGCAUUUACGUUGUAGAUGUUUAUGGACUCCGGUAACCACUUAACAUCAGGAGGCGCGCGAGCUCGUUCAUCCAGAUAAGCAAUGAAAAAAAACUAAAUAGGAAAGAAAAAACAUGAUUUUUUCUUUGCACAAGAACUGGUGGUAAGUCGUGUUGAAAGUAAGUGCGGGUUCCUCCACCAUGCGUAUUUCUGUCGCGAAAAAGUUUUAGGUACCGGUUAGGUGAUACCUGAAGUUUUGAGCUCCUCCCGUAUCAAGAUCGCGACAUCCACGUUGAGUUUUAAUAUCUAUGGGAUCCAAUAACGUUUAGAACUACACGCGCGGUCAAUGCACCGUGAAAUAUAAAUGUCCAAUGAUUCUCGGUUUCUUCCUGCUACGCUAUAACAUUUCUAUCAUCAGACUAGGCUUGCGAAUAAGCUUUAGGAGUAGACCAUGGCUUUGCUGAAGUCCUUGUCUGCCAGUAGCCUCUUUCGCAAGGUCUGUGGUCUGCUUUCGUCAACCGUAAAUAUUUCAAAAGAGAGUUCUAGAGACCACCAUUAUCUAACUUAGGAGACGUUAUUUAACUAUGCCGUGCCAGUUUUAUUUAUGGCAAUCGAAUGUUCAGUUACCUUAUUAUUAACCUUCGUGGCCCAGUGGUAUCGAAAAUGUAUAAUCGCGAGGAUACAAGGUUCAUAUUGAUACUUGGUUUGGUUGUGAUAUUUAGAUAACGUGAUAGUGUGUUCACGAGUGAUCGCUAACGGUCAUUGUUUAUAAAUGCAUUGACAUUGUUAUUGGCAUCAGCCAGCGUAAUCUAGGAUUUAGAAUUGUUUAUGUAAUGAAUAAAUAAUGAGCUAUGACUUGUAUAUUGUAAGCCAGUGAUAUUUUGAUGUCUAUUUAGAAUGUAAUAACAUAGUGUAGGUGAUUCCUUAUAAUAAAUCUUAACAUUAGAGACACAAAAUCGGAAAUUCAUAAAUUCAAAUUCAUGUCUUAUUAGUUUUGUAUAAUAAUAUUAUAGGUAUCUCUUCUAUCUAUAAGACCAUUUUAGGAAAGUUGUAAAUGAUCGAUACGGAAUUAUCAUUCCAAUUUUAUUUAAAGUUAAGUGAAAUGAAACCCCUAUCAAUCGUUUUGUUUUGUAAAAUGUAUAUCCGACGUUGUGCUUCUGAUUAUACCAUUGAAAAUGUUAAAGUUAAUUAUAUUCAUAUUGUUAUUUGUGACGAAAAUAAAUGUUAUAGCUAAACUUGCA